AGCCCAGUAACCUUCAGCCCAUCUUUUACAUAAAAGAAAAAGAAAAUAUUUUGCCCCCGUAGCAAGGGUGAUAAAAACCGAUUGAACCAACCGAAUCGGACCGGGUUUAUUGAGUUCACGGUCAGCCUUUCCCUUCUUCAUCUUGCGCCACCCCGGACUCCGUUGACGACCUUCUCCCGCUUUUAACUCUCUCGCCCCAUUCCUCUCUCCAGCGCCGUCGCCACCUUCUUCACCGGUCCUCGCCCCGUCGACGACAUCCUCCGCCGACUCUCCCUCUCUCACGUGGUCACACCGAACCGUAGAAACCGACCCGAUCGGCUCCCUUAAAUCGGUUUUCUUCUCUUCUCGCGGUACUCUCUCUCUUUCUCAGUCCUCCUCCGGCGUCUCUGUUCUGUCUCAGACGCACCGGCCCCUGGCCGGAGUUUCUCUCUGCUCUCUGUUCCACAACGAACCUUUUUUUUUUCUGGAAGGUAUCGACAAAACCCUCAAUCUGUCUUCACAAUUCUCUUUCAAAGAAGGGUUAACCGACAAUCGUAUUUCAAUGGCGGACAACGCCUCUGAUCAAAGGAAACGUGCUUUGGAGGCAUUGGAGCGAAGGUGCGCUGCUGCGAAAGCGGAGCUUCUUCAACAACAGAAGAAGAUUAGUUCUAAAGAGGAAUCGAGUACAGGAAAAUCUGAUUUAACCGAUUCUUCUCCAAUUGAUGUCCCAGGAAAUCCAUCUGAUUCUUCAAUUCCUUUGCCCUCUAAAGAAAAACCCCUAAAUAAAGAUGUAGAAGAAAGUGAUCCAAUAUAUUUCACCCUUUCAGCUGCUGUUAAUGAAAAUUUGCUGGCUACAAAUAUGGAUGUUUCAAAUAACAGAGGAGUGGUUAACAAGAUUUGUCACGAACUAAGAACUGGGGGUUACGUUAAACGAUCAAGAGAACUGAAAGUCGAUGCAUGGAUUCUUCUUGAUAACUUUGCUCCAAAACGUGCUGGAAUGAUUGGCUCUCGAAUAAGGGCUUUACGGAGCAAUUCAAAGCGAUCCAAAAGGCAUUUGUCUAUGAAGCAACAUAAAAAGUGUGGAACAUUUGAUUUGCCAUCUGAUUUCCAUAAGAUUGAGAUCUUUUUGCCCAUGCACGAUAUGUGGAAAAGCUACAUGAAACAACGGCUGCACCAUGUUGGGGAGGAUGCGUUGGCUCGAAAUCUUCUCAUUGCAGAUCUUCAUGGUUCCAUUAUCCUAGUUGUAGAGUGUAAAAUACCUGCUUUUACUGGAAUAAGCGGCAUAAUGAUUCGAGAAACUGCAGAAASAUUUGGGAUCGUGACGAAAGAUGAUAAGUUUCGAGUUGUGCCAAAGAAGUCUUCUGUGUUUCUUUUCCUAUGGGAUUGUUGGAAAAUUACAUUGCUUGGAAAUAAUCUCAGUUCAAGAAUUCUGGGUUUGCCAUCUUGAUGUUGCGAAUUAUUUACACUGCAAACAGGCUUUACAAUAAUGUAUAAUAUUGUAGAGUUAUGCCAUUGAAAGGCAAUUUUUUAUGCUUAGAUUGUUGAAAUUGUAAUUUGAUUUCGGGGAAACCCUCGGGUGGUAGAAUAGGUAAACGAGUAAAUUAAAAAAAAAA